AUGGAUUUACUAAUCUCUUGGAUCUGCAUCACUCUGUGUGUAGACGAGGUGCUGGGGAGCUACAGUGAGGACAGCAACGUGUACUCAGAAAACAUCACCCGCAUUCUGGACAAGCUCUUGGAUGGCUAUGACAACAGGCUCCGACCUGGGUUUGGAGGGGUUGUGACAGAAGUCAAAACGGACAUCUACGUGACCAGCUUUGGUCCUGUGUCAGAUGUGGAGAUGGAAUACACAAUGGAUGUUUUCUUUCGGCAGACGUGGAUUGAUGAGAGGUUGAAAUUUGGUGGGCCAACAGAAAUUCUUAAACUGAACAAUCUGAUGGUCAGUAAGAUUUGGACACCAGACACCUUUUUUAGAAAUGGAAAAAAGUCAAUUGCUCAUAACAUGACUACCCCUAACAAACUUUUCAGAAUUAUGCAGAAUGGAACUAUUCUCUAUACAAUGAGACUGACGAUUAAUGCCGAUUGUCCUAUGCGACUGGUAAACUUCCCUAUGGAUGGACAUGCUUGUCCACUGAAGUUUGGGAGCUAUGCCUAUCCAAAAAGUGAAAUCAUUUACACAUGGAAAAAGGGACCUCUUUAUUCAGUAGAAGUACCACAAGAGUCUUCUAGUCUCCUCCAGUAUGAUCUUAUAGGACAAACAGUGUCUAGUGAAACAAUGAAAUCCAACACAGGUGAAUACGUAAUAAUGACAGUUUAUUUCCACUUGCAAAGGAAGAUGGGCUACUUCAUGAUACAGAUAUAUACUCCCUGCAUUAUGACAGUCAUUCUCUCUCAGGUGUCUUUCUGGAUUAAUAAGGAGUCUGUUCCAGCCAGAACAGUUUUUGGGAUAACUACAGUCCUAACAAUGACCACUUUAAGCAUCAGUGCCCGCCAUUCUUUGCCCAAGGUAUCUUAUGCUACUGCCAUGGAUUGGUUCAUAGCUGUGUGCUUUGCCUUUGUCUUCUCUGCACUUAUCGAGUUUGCAGCUGUCAACUACUUUACCAAUCUUCAGACUCAGCGAGCACUUAGGAAGGCAGCCAGGGCAGCAACACUAGCAGCAGCAACUGUACCGGCAGAGGACGAGAUUGUCUUGCCCUCUCAUUCCAGCUGUAACCUGAAGAAGCGAACAAAUCCCAUGACAUCUCAGGGAAACCUGUCUCCUGAUGCCAGUAUAAUGCCUAAUACCGUGUAUCGAGUUCAACCAGCAUCAGUUCCUCCACCAGCUCCACCACCAGAACCAGAAAUUGGAAGCACUAGUAAAAUAGACCAGUAUUCCAGGAUCCUCUUUCCAGUAGCAUUUGCAGGAUUCAACCUAGUAUAUUGGAUUGUUUACCUUUCAAAAGACACUAUGGAAGUUUUUGAACCCAGUGCAAUGUAUCUUCAAAAUGACUAUGAGCCCAACUGA